AUGGCGCAUGGCGCCGUAAAUUUAAACACAGCUUCAAACGCUAACGCUACAUCAGAUGUUAAGUUAGAGUAUCCACCACUGGACCAAAUUCUUUCAAGAGAAGUCAACGACAACCCUUACACAAAUGUUCAAACAAAUCCUUCAGAUAACGUAGACCAUUACCUUCUUCAGUUAUACCAAACAAUUUUACUCAAAGACGAUAAGAAGCUUUUGAUAAAUCUUAUAAGUAAGAACCAAAUAAUUCUAACAAAGGAGGACCUUGAAAAUGUUAUCUCACGAAUAACAGGAAAGCAAUGUGUCAUUGACUAUCUCGACCCUGAAAUCGAAUGCUGUGGUCAAACUCCAAUAUUCAUGAAAAUAGGUAACAUCCGCAUCAUUGAAAUACCAGGAACUACAGGAGUUGAGUUUAAGUAUAAAUAUUCGAACGAGUAUACAAAACUUUCAACAGAAUAUAAGCUUUGUUUGAAAUAUGUUUUAGUAAAUUAA